UGACGUUCGCAUGCAAUUUCUCUGAGGUUUGAUUGUGACCUUUAACCUGGGGAAAUCACUAUGUGUGUGUCUUUACAUGCGUACAAGGCCUGGUUGUCAUAUCGGGCUACUUGUUAUUGAAUAUUGAUUUGUGUGACGUUCAAAUUCUCACUUGCAUGUAUGUGAAGUCUAACCUACUGUUGUUGACGCUCUGAUGCUUUAAAGUGAGGCAAAAGCUUGGCCUGUUGUGUAGAAAAGUGGGAUCGGGACUGUAAAGAACCAGAGAAGGAUCCGGAUCUGGAGGAAUAGACUAGAGCAACCAAACAGCUAAAAUAUAGUACUAAAUUUCAUGUUAUGUUUGGCGAUAAUUCAAUAUGAUAAUUCCUUGUCUUUCAGGGGACUAGUCACGUGUUGAAAUUGAGUACUUCAACGACUAUUUAGUCAGUGUGACUAGCGCCACAUCCACAUCCUGUGUCCCUUUUUCAAAGAGCCCCCCCAAAAAAGGAACUUUUUAGAAUGAAUGAGGUCAGAGUAGGAACUGAUCCCGCAAGUCACAACCCUAGACUGUGGCAAGUUAGUCAUUGGUGAUGACCCUCUCUCAUGUGAUCAGCUAUAAAGCCCUCUAUUGGGUUAUUUGCACUUUGUUCUCUCAGCCAAAUGUUGCUCAGGGUCUCAGACGAAGUCUGUCAUCAUUGGAGAGAAAUGUGACGUAGGGGGAAAACUGUCUUGGCUCGCCUCGUUUUCUGAAACGGAUUAAUGGAAAUCACGUCAGCACAACUUUACUUAUUGACGUCUGAAGUCAGUUUUAUAAGCAUCGCUUACUGUUGCCCACAUGACCAUCAGUUUGAAAAGUGAGGAGGAAGCUACCCGGUAGAGUAAGACGGUGGUUCAGCUGGGCAGAGUGCAUCUUACUGCACAUUGAAUUUGUACCUGUGGGAAGCUGAUGUCCGUCUUCAUCCAUAGAUUCGUAUUAUUUUAUUAUAUCUCAAGUUUAUUUAAUGGCAAUCAUGGUGGAAUAAUAAGGGUCUGUAUGAGUUGGGUUGUGAUUUCUAAAAACAACUGAAAAACACUACGUUAAUUGUGGUGAAUUACUAUUAUCGGGAUGAUUGUGACUUGAGAAAACUGUCUAGCUCGCUACCGUGGUAGAGAAAUACAGAAUGAUGCUUUAUUUAUCCAGGAGGGCCUCGUGAUUUAUAAUCACCUUAUUUAAAAUUGUUAGAUAUCUUAAUUAUCAAAUAAUAUUGUAAAUCUCAUGUAAUAAUAGUAUAUUAAUGUGGAUCUGAUUUAUGACCACAUAUACAACUGGAGAAUUUUGCAAAUAUUGAUUCCUGCAAGCAACAGCAACAGCAACCAGCUACGCUAAAAGCCUGGUCUAUCCAAAAAGUGUUGGUUUCAGUAUUUAAGAAUGUUUGUUUAUAUUCUGGUUUAACAAGUCGCAAUUCAUAAAAUGUGACUAUCGGUUUCUUAAAUGGUUCAUACGUUAAAGGUAUAAAAAAAAAAGUCUCGACAAAGACAAAGCUUUUGGAGUUUGGCACACAUUUCUGACCUCUGUGAACUUUGCCUCUCCACCUCUCUGAUCGAUGAGUGUUUAUCGUCGCUCCGGCCCGGGGUGUGCACCGCCGUGUUCCUCCUCAUUCCUGUUCUGUGAGCUGUGUUGCUGCUUUGUUCCCAUAUGAAGAGGGAAGUCCCUUUUUUAAAAUUAUUUCCCAAGGCAGCAACUCGCUGCUUCCGAGAGAGGACUUCUGGAGUCACGGGGAAGACGGAAGUCCAAAACGCACCAGCUGCUUGUGUUUACACGCGAGCCCACACGCAUGUGGAGUCAUGCAGCUGGAGCGGAGGCGUUGCAAAUGGAUGAAAGGUGUCUCUGGUCCUCGAGCCGUCCCAUUGGAUGAGGGGAAACCUAAAUGUUGUUCGCCACAGCUGUAGAGAUCAGCUUUUCAGAGGAAACGCAUCCGAAAGAAGCACGAUGUAAUGGUUUGCGUGCUUCGCAGCGUGUCGACGUGCCACGGCGUGCAAUAACUUCAUAGAUCUGCCGUGCUGCAACGGCGAUGCUUCAUUGUGAUGGAGGGCAGUUUUACAGCUUUUAAAUGUAGGUUUCUCUGAUUAAUGGACAUUUGAAUUCUUCGCAACUGGCGAGACAUGAAAAAAACAAAGCUCCUUCUGUGGAUCAUUUCUUGCCUCGCAUGGAAGAGGCAAAACAUUUGUUAAAAAGUUGUACUUUCCAGCCAUUGUCUGAUUUAUAGUGAGGGUAAGUGGCUUCACCAUUUUGACACACGGCCAGAUAAGUAUUUAGCACGUCAAUCAGUUGGUUCUCCUGGUUCAUCUCUCAUUCAAGCCGUGUCCCCUAGUAAUAAUUGAUGUAUGACUCGAUAGUAUUUGAAUCGGCUGGGUUAUGGAUGGAAAGUGCAGGACGUUGACGACGGGGUGGGUUUUCGAAUCAAAAGUCGGCGACGAGUUUGUUUAUUGUGUGAUCGCCUGAAAUGAAGAGAACGAGCCGUUUUAUUUCUCCAUGUGAAGCGCGUCCUCAUCACAGAGUCCGCUAUGUAGCACCGCCACGUCUCUGCCGUCGCCCAGAUCGGACAAACCAAACCAACCGCUGGCUCUCGGAUGGUCGUUCUCCUGACCCGCUCGGCACGCGAGAAGAUUCAGAUUAAAGUUUCUUUUCUCGGACGUCGCCGCAUCCUAAACACUGACCCCUUAAGAAAUGAGUAAUGUUUGUACUGCUGCAAUUCAGACCCUUAAUCAAAGCACUGCUUUAAGCUCGGGGUCAAGUGAUGUAAAUAACGAUAAACUUCUAUUGCAUUAUGAUUUCACAUGAUCCGUCAUUGAUGGACAAAGACAACCUCUUCGGACUUGAUCAAGCCAGCGAGGGUCGACGGCCACAGUGAGCCUGUUGGAGGAGCUCAAUCCAACAUGCAAGACGGACAUUUUCAGAUCCAACUCCUCUGGAGAGGGUUUCCUUAAAGCUGUGAUGUCGGGGGUGGAAAACGGCAGCUUAGUGUGGAUAAAAGGCCAAAUCCGAUGGGAAAGGAUUUAUAUUCAUCGGCAUUAGUGUGAACACAACGAGUGUUGUGUACAACACUAAGUCUGUCCUCAUGAGACCUCGGUUGGCCGUCUGUAACCUCAGGGUUCGUAGCCACAUUGAGGAGAUGACUGACUUUGGUUGGGCACGUCCUGACAUUUCCUCGACCAAGCGUCCACUCCCAAAGGAACUUUAGUUCGUACGGUCAUGGAAAACCUGGGAAAGUCAUGGAAUUUUAAAAUGGUCGUUUCCAGGCCUGGAAGUCACGGAAAAAAACUUAAAUCAUAAGUUUGGGAAAAGUCAUGAAAAUGUGUUAUAAUCACAUGUUCAGUUACGCCGAGUUUGAAAUAAUUAAUGUUUUUUUUAAAGAAAGACGCUCAAAAUAUAAGCCGGCAUACGCUCUCAAUACGCAAACUUUUCUACAUUUUUAAUGUUUAUACCGAGAUUUUAUUUCGGUCAUGGAAAUUUGUUUUAAAGCCCCAUAAUGGAGUUUUUCCCUUUUAGCGCCCCCUUCAGUUUUGGAUGUAUUUAACGUUUACUUCAGUGUCGUAAAUACCCAGUUACGAUAGAUGCAGCCUGGCAUACACUUGUAUUGAUGACCAGACGAAGUCAGAAACCAAGAAAUGAUGUCAACCGAUAAGCCAGGUGUGUCAUCAUCCACCGACCUCGUCUACUUUUCGCCACCGCUGUCGAGGUAGCCAUGGCAACCAGCGCCCUGCCAAGUGACAACCUGCCAACGUACAAGCUGGUGGUGGUGGGGGAUGGUGGCGUGGGGAAGAGUGCUCUCACCAUCCAAUUUUUCCAGAAGAUCUUUGUGCCAGACUAUGAUCCCACGAUAGAGGACUCGUAUCUCAAGCACACAGAGAUAGACGGACAGUGGGCCAUCCUGGAUGUGCUGGACACAGCCGGCCAGGAGGAGUUCAGCGCCAUGAGGGAGCAGUACAUGAGGACGGGAGACGGCUUCCUCAUCGUCUUCUCCGUGACCGACAAGGCCAGCUUUGAACAUGUGGACCGAUUCCAUCAACUCAUACUACGGGUCAAAGACAGGGAGGCCUUCCCCAUGGUGUUGGUGGCAAACAAAGUGGACUUGGUCCAUCUGAGAAAGGUCACCAGUGAUCAGGGCCAAGAGAUGGCCGCAAAACACAACAUAACUUAUAUCGAAACUAGUGCCAAGGAUCCUCCAAUGAAUGUGGACAAAGCCUUUCAUGAGCUGGUUCGUGUCAUAAGACAACAGGUGCCGGAGCGAAACCAGAAGAAGAAAAAGAAGAUGAAGUGGAGAGCCGAGCGUUCCGCAGGUUCCCACAGGUUCCACUGCGCCAUACUGUGACUUCCCUCGUCCCGUUCAUCAUUCGUAACACACACACCCACGCACACCCGCAUACCUUUUGGAUGUCACGGAUCUCCCCGGCAGUGGUCAACUACUGGAGCUCGAAAGGGUCGCCGAGCGAACGUUGGACCGAUGUCUCCUCACACUCCACGAAGCCUUUGGAGCGAGAGCUGGACCCUCUCUCCUCAAGUCAUGGGCCCUUUUUCAAACGUCCCUCCCGUCUAUUCGACACCGAACUACAGUGCAACUCAACGGUUUCUCAAUCGAGGCCAUCAAUUUAAUUUCAAAUGUGGCACUAGAAGACAGACCCCUGGGAGGGGGAGAUCAGAAUCCCCUAACAAUGACACUUUAGUCUUCUUGAGAAGCUGCUGGUGGUCGCCCCUCCAUCCUCACCGAUUCUGGACCAGAAGAACCCGCCUGCUCUUUAGAAAUGUCGUGCUGUGUUCCGUCUGCGUAGAGCGGACAUCACGAGGGCUUUGAGGAUGACCACGGGAGUGGCUACAGGGUGGUUUCUGGGUCGUGGAAAUAGAAUUUGCGUUGGUGUCUGUGGGCGUCGCGCGAACCCCGCUCUGGUUUUGAAACGUCGGUUCAGAGAGGACGGCCGGCCCGUAACGAGAGGGUCGUGGCGGUUGACAGCGGAGCGCCGUGGUCAUAUCGGCCGGUUUGAAGAAGUGUUUAAAUAUAGUCAUUGUAAAGAGCGGUGGGAUUGGUCGGUGUAUGUGGUUACACUUUAAUGUCAACGCAACAGGGUUUUUGCCAACGGCGUCAGCGGCCGUGUUUACAGACACUAUUAUUUUUCACGUAACGACGCAGAGCAAGUGUUUGAAAAAUAAUAACGGUUCAUUCGGGCUGCCUCCUCAGUCGUCGUCUGGCGGGCGGAGUGAAGCCGUCACCAGUACUGUAUGGACACGAGCCCUGGUGUUGUGUGCGUCUUUGUGGUCUUAACAGAUUGUCUUCAAAACAAGUUACUUUCCGUGUUUGUUUUAGUUUUUUUUAAUCAAAAGAAAAAUGAUCAAAACAUAUUAUAUUUGUGAUUUAUAAAAAUAAAAAAUUAUAGGUGGCAAUGGAAACAAAUUCAAUGCUGUUUUACAAGAGCUCCGUGGGAUAAAAGACGAUAGAUGAGGGAUAACGAGCGCUUCACGUUUCCGAUCUGAAGCGGGCCGAAAGGAGCUGAUUUGCACUGGCCACGAACCAAAACAAUGUGAUGUCACUUUAUUUCAAUCAAGGGGCUUUUCAGACCGCACGGCUGAAUUCAGGACGACGACUCACGCCCCGUCAAGGAGAGCACUCCUUUGGUUUGGGGACACAUUCUGUGGCCUCGGGGCGUGAAGCCAUGUUGACCUUACAGACUACGUUUAGUUGAAGGAAACACUCGCAGCAACAAGACAUUCAGUACAUUCACGUCUGUCGUCGUGAGCUGGACAGUUAAUAACCUAUGAAAUGGCUCGUACUGUUAACGCACUAAAGUUUCGGUGGACAACUUUCUUUUUUUUUUUGUCUGGAAGAAUACCGUCUCUUAAAGGAAUACAUCUUUGCACUUUUAAUACAAUUUCUGACUUACCUAUUGGCAUGUUGUUUUCUGUUCAAACACGGGCAUGAUUUGAAUGUAAAAAUCUAAUAACAAAAACAAGCAAAGAGGCCAUUAAGCGUUGUAGCCCUGCGUGCCUGUGUGAGCCCGUUGCCUCGGCGACGAUUUUGACGGAGAUGAAAUAAAUUGGAAUUUAAUAAUUCGAAAGGUAUUUAAGGAAAAGUUCCAUGUUACACUCAAGUUAUUGAAUGGCGUACAAAUUCACCUCGGCAUGAAAGUGGAAAAAUGAACCUCGGUGAAAAAAGAGCAUCGGUUUGAGUCUCCGUCUGCUGCUGAAGGGACUUUCAAAGAGUUCCCCGAGAAGCACAGACGAGUCCUCGAGCAGCGGACUCUGGAUCAGAGGAGAAAAGAAACAAAAAAACCUGAAUGUGUUUGAAAAUGUUGCAUCAUGUAUGUUUGAUACCAUUUUGUAUUAUUGAUAUGAUUCUUGCAAAGUGAUUUUUUUUUUAAGCGACUGAAUAAUUUAUUACUGUCUGUUACCUCAGCGUGUCCCAGACCUGGACAACCCCCCCUUUCUUCUUUUCUCUGGGGCUCGUGGGCCUUUUGCCCUCGAGUCCCAUUCACGAAGAGACGUUUCAUGUGUCGUGGACCAAGAAGAAGAAACGGUUUGAUCCCGAGGACGAGGGUCUCGCAGGAGAAAACGUGAUCAGACGGAAUGAGUCCUUUUUUUUAAAUUAAAUGUUUUUGUUCAAUGUGACAUUUCUUAAAUUAAUAGAUGGACACUUUGGAAUACAUGCGUUCCCCCUAUUCGUUGCCGAGCGUUACGUCGGUACAUUAAAAUCAUAAGAUGGAGCCAGCAGUUGUCUUAUAUCUUUAGUGUAAAGAGUGUAAAGUGGCCGGGGAAAGAUAACAGCCAACCAGCACCUCUGAACAUCUUUGCUCUUUACAAACAGAGCUUGGGUGCUGGAUAUUUCUUACCUUUUUGGAGCCGUUUCCAGACUUCCACUCUCAAUGAAUGCAGGCUUGCUUCAUAUUUAGUGUCGAGCGGUAUGGAUCCUCCUGUCUAAGCAUUUUUUUUUCGUUCCUGUCGGGUGUCCUCGAGUUGACUCUUUGACCUUUAGGUUCGAGGUCCAAAUCCCAGUUUGAAAUGAGAAAGUUACUGAAACUUGUGGCCGGAACAAAGAAACCUGCUGAUCUGUUCCACCGUCUUCACAUUUCAGGCAGACCAAAUACAAACGCCGAAAGUGAAUAUAAUGUCUUGAUUAUUUGACCCUGGUUUACAUGUGAGAUCAAUAGAGCACUUUUGUUUUCAUGUAUUGUAGAAAUAAUCAUUUUCUUUUUUUCAGAUAGACGCCAAGUGUUGUUGAAGUUAUGCAAUUGAUUUGAGUCUUGUAUGUCCUGAAACGUUGUCAGUGAGUUUUUUUUAAAAUCACAAACAAAACAAACAUUUGGACUAGUUGGCACCAGUUGUGUAAAGUGUGUUUUUGGACAGGCCUGCUGUGUUUAAACUGGCGGUGUCAGACUGAGGAACUAGAAGAGGCACAAACAAACUGCGUGGCCUUUUUAAAUCUAGCCUCAGGGGUCGAUUAUACUUCAAUAAAGAGAUGCAAGUAUUGUGA